AGCUUCUCUGAUUUUCCGUUUCCUACUACCGUUGAUUUACACCCUUCGACGCCGCUGAACCUUCCCGGAGAUCCUGGCCCAUCCAACAGGCGAUCUCUUCCUUCCCGCCCUUACAUCGAUGUCCUUCGAGGAUUUUCAACAACCCUAGAAGCAGAUGGUAGAAGCGGUCACACAGCAAUUCCCCUCCCGCCUCUUGCCCAAUUGCAAGUCUCCGAAACCCUCAGGCGAGAACCCCCAAAGAGAAUCCAAGCCAAAACUCAGGCACCGGCAAAAUUCCGCAUUGAAGGUAAGAUUUUCACCUUCACUGAAUCAAUUUUCAAUAAGAAAAUCUGCGUUACUGAAAAAUGUUGGAAAAAAAAGCUUCAACAUAUGGUUAGGGUUGGACACAUGUUCUUGGCUCUUAGAGGCGCUUCAGUCUCUUACAAUUGAAGGAGGUCUGCGUACAUCCUACCCAAGAGAGAAGAGGAGACUGCUCACCAUUUUUUUUCACUCCUACAGAUUUGGUAACCAUCUCAAAAUCUGUGAGCAUCACCAAGACGGCAAGACAUGGAUUCUCAUCCCGAAAGGUAAUCAAGAUUCUGGGAUUACUUCUUUCAUCUCCUGCUUUAAGAAAAUUUAUGUCAACUUGAGGUCCUCUAUUCCCCAUCCCCCUCCUUUUGUUGACAAUGCCUUAGUUUGUGCUUGGACUCAACCUUCUCCUCAACAAUCUUCAAACUCCAUCUCUGCCACUUUACUUAAAUUGGAAUUUUCAGAGAGUCUGCACCACCCCCCUCAUGGCCCUCCAAUUACCCCUGCAACCACAAAGCAGUCAACACUACAAGGCACCCUUUCUGCUUCAGCCCCAGCUUUCACCCCUCAAAGACUUGUCACUACACCAGGCCAAACUCUUGAUAUGGCCUGUACAAAACCUCUUCAUUUCCAGGGAUGUUCUAAUUCAGACAAUGAUUUGGACAGCCCUCAUUGGGGCAAAAACCUAGGUUACAUCUCCGGGCCUGAAAUUAAUCCUUUGGACAACAGAAAAAACUUCCCUCAAAUGUCUCUGAAGAUGAAUGGGUAACGGACAGAGGCUCAGAUGAUGAGGAAGACUGGCACGCCCAUAAAGAGGUCAACAAGAAAAAAAACCUUAAGAAAUUUGACCAAUUAUGUUUGCAAUUCAAGGAUAGUCCCCAUCCAAGAAGAAGUAAGAGGUUAACAGAACUUAAAGCCAAGUGUGUGUGGGAACAAAUUUGAUUGGUGAGAAUGCUGUCAAGAUUUUCUCCUCAUGAUGUUCACCGUCUUCCUUAAUCCAGUGCUGCAGGUCGUUAUCAGGUUAUAAAUUAUCAUAAUCUAAUUCUGGUCUGAGAAUGGCAGUGUGUUUACACUAACUUUGGAUGACAUUUUAAAUGUAUAAACCUUAUGACUUUACCUUUGGCAAGCUUUCAAUGUUUUUGCUUAGAAUUGAAAGUGAACAAUUUGGCUCUAGAUGGUUUUGGCGCUGUUACUUGUGAAAAUACAACUAUGUGAAGGGAACCGUUUCUGGUGUUUGCUUCAUCUAUCAACUUACGGAUGAGCAGAAUUUCUGUCAUCUUUUCUGGAGCUGAUUCAUGCGUUUAGCUAGAAUUGCUGGACAGAACUUAGUGACUCCCAACCUGGUCAUUUGGGCAGACUGCAUUCUGCUCUCAUGUGAUUUUUAUUGUUUGGCUUGAUGCUGCUUGUUUUAUAUUAGUUUGGAUAGUUUCUCUCUUGGGUGUAGUAUUUACUCUUUUUUGGGACAGCUUGUAGGGAUCCGU